UCCAUGCUACUCCCGAAUCCCGACGCAAAUUCAGCUAUCCGCACUUAACAAGUUCACGCUCACAUUCCGAACGGGAAGCGGCAGCCGCCCGACUCGAAGAAUUUUCCAUGGUGGUGCGUUGGUGACAAAUUCGAGAGCCGCGUGUGGUCAGUCAACCCCCGUGGUAUCGGAGAGGCUCCGAAAGAAACAUGAACCCACGCGACAUACGGAGGUCUCGGAAGGUGCCUAAUUUUGCCGUCAUAACGCCGUAACUUCCAUGCAAGGUACGGAUCCGACAUGUUCGUGCUAUUUCGACCUGUCAUCCAACUUGAAAACUCCACUAUCAGUAGGGUAUCCAUCCGUAUGCGAACCAAAAACUCUGCGAAUCUCCCCCACCCCAUAGUUCAUCGAGUCGAAAACAUCGUGAACUUCAGAGUGAGAAAAAAAAAAAGAAGAAAAAAAAAAAGGCCCCAUGUCUCGAAUCUCGGUGAGGCCUUACGCAAUAGCCACGGUUUGAGUAAAAAGCCCAAGCCCGUCUCCAUACUCCAUAAAGGCCCCCUCCGAUCGUCCCAAAAUCUGGCACCCCCUUCCCUGGGCGACCACAGCGGGCCGCGCAAGUCUUCUGGCCCCCGAAGUUUUUUUGAGUGUAAGACGCGAGGGGAGAGAGUCAUGUUCGUGGUCUUCAAAUCUUCAGUGCGUCGUCGGUGCACGUUCCUUCGAUAUGCCUUCCAGACCUGCUCUACUCUAGGCCAUGGGCUACCUGCAAUCAAAAUCGCCUCACUCGUAGCGAGCCCGUCAUCGUGUGGCAAUGGACGGAGACAGAUGGCCCUGUAUCGUAAGGUAUGCCUUCUUCCCAUCUGAGCGCAACCACCAAAAGACCAUUUGCAACCUACAACGACGAUACCUUUACGUACAUGU